AAAGCACCGCUCAUAGAAAAUUUAUGAUUGCUUUUUUUUCCCCCUGUGAAAUGAUAUAAUGACUAAAAUCUAAUAAAAUUAUUGAAUCAUUUAUGAUAGCUUAAUAAUAUAAUCUGGAUAUAUUUCAUUUAUUCCAAAGAAUUUGAUAUGGCUGUUGCACCAGGUAUUCAUAUUGUGGAAGAUUUUGAAAAGGCAUUUCAGGAUUGUUUAGCUGCUUUGACGAAUCCCGAUCUGCACAAUGCCAGGGACUCUGAUGAAAUUCGUACCACUGUAGAUCUUACAAUUCAACGUUUUCUUGAUGUCUCUAAACAAAUGGAUUGCUUUUUUCUUCAAAAAAGACUCCUUCUAUCUGUACAAAAACCAGAACAUUUAUUAGUUGAAAACAUACAAGAAUUAGCAGCUGAAGUAAAAAGAAAAGAUGAACUCAUUGAAAAAUACAAUGCUAAGAUUCAAACAUGGCAAAACUUAUUGCAAGAUGUACCAGGCAUGCCAAGACCACAGCCUCCUCCUGCACCACCUCAACCACCCCAGAAUUUGCCAGCCAUGCAGGGCUCACCUUCUCCAAUGCAACCUCAAGUUGUACCACAGCCAGGUACCGCUGCACAUGGCCAUCACAUGAUGCAUCCACAUAAUAUGCCUCCAAUGACUUCAUCCCCUGCCCCUGUUCAACCAGGCAUGAUGAUGCAGUCACAACCAAUGCAUCCUCAACAACACAUGGGAGCUGCCCAACAACCAGGUGGUUUGCAAGGUCCACUUGCGUAUCUUGAAAGGACUAUGUCUAAUAUUGGUAUGCUGGAUCCUGGACGAUAAUGCCUAGUUUUAAGUGUUCUGAUUUUAAGUGUACUGCACAGUAGAGAAUAAAACCAAAGCUUAGUUGCUAUUGAAAAAUUCUUAGUCCAGGAAGUGCUAGGCAUUAUAUGAUAGGAAAUCUUGUAUUAAAUGCACUUAUAACUAUUUGUAUUUAUUUUUAAAAUAAAAAUUGUUUAACUCUGCUCA